GAGCUUCGAGUCCGAAGAUGACAGUACUUCUGCUUCAAGCUCUGACGGCGACGAUGUUUCGAGUCAGCCCGGGACAUCCGCAGCUGCUCACCGGGUCCGUACGUCGCUAGGCCAGGAUGUGCUGCCACCGGCUGUGAAGAAACUUCAGUUCACGCCAACAAGGCCGCCCGGAGCACAUCUCGGCCCAGCACUUCGGAGCAGCGCAAGACGCUUUACAACGGCGCGCGAUUUUUUCCUCCUGUUCUUCACCGCAGAAGUAAUAAAUACUAUCUGCAAGAACACGAAUAAAUAUGCUUGGAUGCAUAUUUUGGAGCUUCCAAGCUAUGCUGAAAGAGAUGGGUCGUGGAAGGAAGUGACUCCCGACGAACUAGUGAAGUUCAUUGGACUGCUCAUUUAUAUGGGCAUUGUGAACGUGCCACGCAUCCACCUUUACUGGAAUACCAGUAGGCUUUUUUCAGGGCUUCUUCCUCGGAACGUUAUGCCAAGGAGACGGUUUUCUGCACUUCUGCGCUUCCUAAGUGUCACUGAUCCGGAGGCGACUACUGUAGCUACGCACGGCAGGCUGCACCGCGUAUUGUGGCUUCUGCAACACGUGAACACUACAUCAGCAGAACUUUUUCAACCUGCGCGGAACCUCUCUGUGGAUGAAAGAAUGGUCAAAUCGAAAGGAAGAUCGGGUAUUCGGCAAUACAUGCGGGACAAAAUUGUAAAGUGGGGAUAUAAAUUGUGGGUGCUUGCUGAUUCGCAGACUGGCUAUUCCGUUCAAUUUUAUGUGUACGCAGGCAAACGGGAAACAGCUAGUGCAAGUGGACUAGCAUUUGAUGUGGUGACACAACUGUGCGAUAAAUACCUCAAUCAAGGAUAUGUUAUCUACAUGGACAACUUUUACACAUCUGCGUCUCUCUUUGCUCACCUGCUAAAUCGCAAAACCCUCGCUUGUGGCACGACACGUAAAGAUCGUCGGUGCUUCCCAUCUGAAUUGAAGGACGUGUCAUGGGAGAAAAAGGCAAAGAGAGGUGAUGUUCGGUGGCUCCGACGGAAUAACAUCCUGUAUUUGCAAUGGAAGGACAGGAAGGUUGUUCACAUGAUGUCAACAGCGCACACUGCCAACAGGCAUGUUACAGCCACAAGGAAAGAGAGAAGAGGCGGCGUGUGGACUAUCAUCCCAAUCGAAAAGCCGGUGCUGAUUGACGACUAUAAUUCCGGGAUGCUUGGAGUUGAUAAGUCCGAUCAGCUGAUUGCAUCCUAUAACGUUUUGAUGAAGUGCGUGAGGUGGUGGAAGACGCUCUUCUUUCAUUGUAUUGACAUGGCUGUUGUGAAUAGCUUCAUUCUUUUUCAAGAGCACCGCCAGCAACACCUCUCAACACCGGAAUUGCAGAGGAGCGCCCACUUCGACCAACUUUCUUUUCGGUUGGAGCUCACCCAACAGCUGCUCGAGCUUGAUGAUGAAGAGGUUCCCAGAGUACAUCCUGUCCCAAAAGAAGUGCCGCACCAUCCGCAAAAGAUGCCGAAAAGGCGAAACUGCAGGAUGUGCUAUCAGGAACGCAAAAUCGAACAAAAGACAAACGUUUUCUGCGAAAACUGCGAAGUGCACCUGUGCCUCACGAAAACGCGCAACUGCUUCACCGCAUGGCACGAGCGCUGAAGCUGUUCCCGGUCUUUAGUUUUUUUUAUGUAGCUGAAGAACGGCGCGGUACAGAGAAUUAAUUUUUUUUAGACAGUAUUCCUGAGUCAUUGAUCUUCAAAAUGUAUAUUCUAAAUUUUCUUUCUUAAUAAUGUGUAUGUAGAUAUUGUGCCUUUUCUUUCUUGUUUUUAUCAACUCGCCACAAAAAUGGCACUUUUCCGAAUUUUUUGUAUGUUCCCUAAUAAAUUGUUUGCUUUGUAACUUAUGUUUUUGGAAAGAGCAUUUCAUUAUGUGCAAUUUGGCAUGCUGCAACGUGUUCUGGAAUAUUAUUUGUACUGGCAAAAAAAUUUCUUCCGAGACCUAUGAAAAACGGCCAUUUUCUCGCGGUAACGAAAGAGUUAAUGUCUGCCUUCUUCACAGUGAACGUCUUCGUAGGCAGCAUUCUGUAGAUAGAGCAGCCUCAUCAAGAUCGUACACAUCUGCUGCAUCAUAUUUGGUGAUUAGUGGAGUCAAGGUGUGCUGUUUCCAGGCAUCGACAACACUCUGGUCCGCGCUGCCACUCUCAUCACAAAUAGUAAUGAAUGUUAAAUUGUUUGGAUCUUUCAAGCGACAGAACCACCCUUUGCUGUACUUAAACUCUGUACGGCCAAGUUGCAGCGCCAGCUGGUUAGCUUUCUCCCGCAAAAUGGUCCCGUUGAUGGGAAGGGGUGCUGCAUUCGCUUUCUGCAGCAAAGCAAUCAAGGCAGCUUCGACGUCGGCGUAUAUAAGAGUGUGUGCUCGUGUACACUUUGCAGAGUGCAUCUUGCUGUACACAUAGAGUAUUGUCUGCUUGUUCUUGACGAUGUUACACAGUGUUUACAAGGGAACGUGGUGCUUUUCGACGAGAGCAGUUUUUGAUGCCAUUGACUUGCUGGCCUCUUCAGUCAAACAAACCUUUUCUUGCAGUGACAAACUCUUGUACUUCGGCAUCUUCUGAGCACACCAAGGUUAAACAUUUCACAAUGAAAAAAUGCAUAGGUGCAGACAAACGCAGCAGUUACACAAUGUUCGCCAACUGAAAUCCAACUGGCAAGUCCUAACAAGGCCCACAAAGCUGGAAAAGCUGGAAAAGCAUGGCCUUCAAGAUCUGUUCUUAAAAGAAGUGCGUAGAUUCUAACUUAGUUGAAACCUUCGAGAUUGGCAACUCCUAUUGCAUAGCUUGGAAGCCGCGGCCAAGUGUGCAAAUUAACAGGGAAGUGGCCGACUGGCUGCACCAAUUAUCCGGUAAAAUAUACAUCUAAAAAUUUGGGACAGCACAUAUAAUACAAGUUAUCUGGGAUUCCCAAUUAACCGAGUGCGAAUUGCCGAGGUGCUACUGUACUUUACUAUCAGUGGGCCAUGAGUUGAUUCUGCAUAUGAUAGCAAAGCGUUUUAGUUGACUGGAAGUGGAAACUACUGGGCUACACUGGCAUUUUGCAAAGGUAUUGCCCUUACGGCUGCAGCAUCAGCCACACAUGUGCCGUGAGUUGUUUUCGAUGUUGCUUCAGCCAAAAAGUAUAAAAUUUUGCAGGUAGAAUGCCAUCAUCAGCAACAACGUAAACGAAUUGUUGACGAACCGUGAUCUCUGUGAACCGUGAUAAUGGCGUAGUAACUGCCGACUCUACAACUUUGCAUGGCAGCGGCACACAGUUGCCAUAUUCGCACCAACCCUGGAUGCAUGAAUAUCGAGAGUAAUGAUAAGAUAGCAACGCUUGAGUGGCCGUUAGUCCAAAAUGGUCGAUAUUCUCAAAAUAGCCGUAGUGCAUGCAAUGCCACAAGGGGAACUACACAAAGCGUGCCACCUUUGUGGCCUCCAAGAUUGCGCGUGGUGCUGCACAGAAAAGUGUGCAAAAAAUGCCGCUGCCAUAACCUCCAAGAUAGCACUGGCCCACACGCCAUUGCUCAUCUUGGCAGUUAUAUUUUCGUCGGGUGGGCGCACUGCCAUGCUUUAGAACUUUGUGUGCGCCUUCCUUUCACCAUGACCGGGUAUGAAACAUUCUUUGUAACAGUAUUGCGCUUUGAAAUGUUUGUUAUAUCUGGAUGCAUUUUCAAUAGGCAGGGUCGAAAAAUCGUAAAUGCAGAGUAAUAUGGUCGCUAUAACCAAUAAUUAGUUAUAUCUGGUAUUGUUAUAAAUCGGUUCAACUGCAGUGGCUUUCAGGUUCAGGGUUGCGUUACUGCU